AAUCAAAUAAAUGACAGCAGAAAAUAAGACUUUAGACAAAAACGAACUUUUAGCAGGUCAACUUCAAAAGAUCUUGAAGGCUCAAGACACACGUAUGGAACUCUAUAAAGAGUUUGAUAUUGCUUUUAAGGACUAUCUUGAAGGCAAGUGUCCUGCAGAGCAAUAUCAUUCUAUCUGUAAGAUUGUGACAGAAGGAUUUCAAGACGUGUCAAAUGAAAUUCAAGGCAUUGAAAGAGAUAUUUCGGAUACGGUCAUUGCUAAUACGAUUCGCACUUUACAGCGUAUCGAAAAAGAUAAAUUGGAAAAAACAGCCAAGAUUCAAAUCCUGACUAUUCAAGCAAAAGAAUCUGAUAAGGAUUUUGAUGCAACUAUUCAAGAAUACAAAGAAAGUUUGAAAGAAAUCAAUGAAAAAAUGUAUGAAGUUUGGGAUGAACUUCGAGAAGAAAUGCAUGGUGUUUCUUCUCUAGUUUGUUAAAAAAAAAAAGCAAAUCGUUUUUUUUUUCUUUUUUUUUAUUCUAUAUAUGAAAGGAUUGUAUAUAAACUAUUUACAUGCCGCUUGAUCUCAUGUCUUCAAGACGCUUGACGAUGAAUAAACUGGUAUCCAAAAAUCUGUCAACACAGUUGGCGAGACAGGCUUCUUCAGAACGAUCCAACUUGUUGUUAAUCUUGGAGAUACACUUGUCCUAUAUGAUGGUAUGAAUACCUAUCCUCUUCAAAUUGAACUAUCUUACCCAACAGUUAUCAGUCAUGCUGUGAACAGUUUCUUGAACACGGGCCUUGGCUUGUUCGGCUUGAAGGAACUAAAAAAGGUGUGAAUAUGGGGACCAGUUCCCUUUAUGUAUUUUUUUUUCUUUUUACCUCGGCGAGUUCACGUUGAUCGUUUUCACUGAAUUGAGGUUGAGACAUGUUUGAUGAAAUAAUAAAAAGAAAGAAAAAUAAAUGGAUGGACCCAAGUUUUUUUUAAAAG